AUGGUCAAAGUCACCGUUUGUGGAGCAGCAGGCGGCAUAGGCCAGCCCCUUUCGAUGUUGCUAAAACUCAAUCCGCGGGUUUCGCGCUUGGCCCUAUACGACAUUGUCAAUGCUGUGGGCGUUGCUGCUGAUCUUUCUCACAUUAACACACCGGCGGUUGUCACGGGCCACCAGCCGGCUGCAAAAAACGACUCUUCGGCACUCGUAGAGGCGUUGCAGGACAGUGACAUUGUCGUGAUCCCUGCCGGCGUGCCUCGCAAACCGGGCAUGUCCCGUGCCGACUUGUUCAACAUCAAUGCGCUGAUUGUUCGGGACUUGGUUGCCCAUGCGGGCCGCACAUGUCCCAAUGCUGCGAUUUUGAUCAUUUCAAACCCAGUUAACGCUACUGUAGCCAUUGCUGCGGCGGUGUUGAAGAAAUUGGGUGUUUUCAACCCGCGUAAGCUUUUCGGUGUCACCACUUUGGACUCUGUCAGAGCAGAAACGUUUUUGGCCCAGAUCCUCGAUGUACCACCUGCGUCCCUCCGCGGCAAGAUUUCUGUCGUGGGUGGCCAUUCUGGUGAUACUAUUGUGCCGCUUGUGCAUUUCGACCGGGCUCUCGAGCUGAAAAUGAAAACUGUCUCGGCCUCCGACUACGCCAAUUUUGUCCACAGAGUUCAGUAUGGAGGCGACGAGGUUGUGAAAGCGAAAAUUGGGGCAGGUUCUGCAACCCUAUCUAUGGCUUACGCCGGCUACCGUUUUGCGUCGAAUGUUUUGGCGUCCUUGGUCGAUGCAGCUGAAUACUCUGCUGUCCCAGACUCGGCUUACAUUUAUUUGGAUGGGGCUGCAGGCGGAGCGGAGAUUGCAACCACUUUGCAAGACACGCCGUUCUUUUCUGUGCCCGUCCAUUUGAAAAAGGGCGAGGUCAGUUCUGUUGUGGAUCCAUGGCAUUUGGUCCGUACACAUGAGGAAAAGAAGAUGAUCGCGGUGGCUCUUGAAGGAUUGGAGAAAUCUGUUUCUCAAGGAACAAACUUUGUGGAGGGCUCCAAGAUAUGA